GUUUAUCUAUUCGGUUUAUUUGUGAUUCGAUUUUUAUUUAAAUUUUUUCGAAUACAAAAUAUUGAUUCGAAAAAAUGUCUGAUAAUAAUGAAUAUUAUACCGUUAUCCGUGUGAAACGGAAAUAUGUUGAUGAUCCUAAUCGUCAAGAUCGUUAUGAUUCAACCGUAACGAAUAAACGUCUUCGUCAUAUUGGUUCAUUUUCACAGAAACAUGAUGAAAUAAGUUUAAAUUCACAGAAUUUACUAAAGAAAAUGGGUUUCAAAGAUCGAAAACGUAUACGAUUUAAUGAUUUUGAUGAUGAUAAGGAAUUCUCUUCAUAUAUAAAUGAUAAACAAGAUCAGAAGGAUAAGGAAUCCGUACCGAAAAAAUGUAAAUCAACCAAUUCUGAACAAAUUAAUGAUGAAAAUAUUUUAAACAUAUCAUUACCGCCAAAUGAUUCAAUUGAUUUGAAUCAAUCAAAUACAGAUAAUAAAAAUGACCAUUCUACGAUUACUUGUAAUGGGAUGUCCAUGAUAAUGGCAGACAACUCUAACGUCGAUGAAUCAAUAAUUAGCCGUCAGGAUAAAUAUCUGUAUGAUUAUUAUAUCUUGAUGGAUGAUUUAAUGGAAUUUGUUGAAAAAAAUGAUAAAGGUGAUUAUGAUAUCGAUGGAAAUAAAAAUAGCAAUAUGUAUGAUGAUGAUGAACCAUCAAGCAAUGAUGAAAAUUAUCGUUAUAAUGAUUAUCCGGAUGAAGAUGAAUUCUCCGAUGAUGAAGACAAAGAAGACGACGAUGAUGAUGAUGAUGAAGAAUGUGGUAAAAAGAAAUUUGACGAAUUUGAUGAAAACGAAGAUGAAUAUCUAGAUAGCAUUGAUAAUCUUUGUGAUGAUUUCGAUAAAUUCUAUCAUCAUGAUUAUGAUGGUGAUACCGAUGAUGACGAUGACGAUGAUGAAGUUUAUGAUCGUGAAUGUGAUCAAAAGAUUAUGAAUUUACGGAAAAUUUAAUUGUUUUAAAAACAUCUUCAUUAUCUGUUGCAAAUUGUAUAAAUAAAUCAUUGAAUUAUUGAUUUUUUUC